GCCUCCGACGGGGCCCCCCCCCGCCCGCCGCGCCCAUGCCCGGAGGCCCUUCCGUGACCCGUCCCAGCCCCUUUCCUUGCCCCCAGAUGCGGUCACGUGGCCACCCAAAGGCUUGGCUGUCACCUGAGUCUGCCCGGCAGGGGGUAACGGCAGGGCAGGGACAUCCGUCCACACGCUGGGGCGCAGCCGCCCGGCCCAGCACCCCGGAGACGGAGGUCCGCGCCAUGGGCAGCAAGCAGACGGUGUUCACGCGCGAACAGCUCGAGGAGUACCAGGACUGCACCUUCUUCACCAGGAAGGAGAUCAUGAGGCUCUUCUACCGCUACCAGGACCUGGCGCCCCAGCUUGUGCCCCUGGACUACACUGGCUGCCCAGCAGUGAAGGUGCCCUACGAACUCAUUGGCAGCAUGCCAGAGCUAAAGGAAAACCCUUUCCGCCAACGCAUCGCCCACGUCUUCUCUGAGGACGGCGAUGGCCACAUGACGCUGGACAACUUCCUGGACAUGUUUUCCGUGAUGAGCGAGAUGGCCCCGCGUGACCUCAAGGCCUACUACGCUUUCAAAAUUUAUGACUUCAACGAUGAUGACUACAUUUGUGCUGAGGACCUGCAGCAGACGGUAACCAGGCUGACGCGGGGCGAGCUGAGUGCCGAGGAGGUGAGUCUGGUGUGUGAGAAGGUGCUGGACGAGGCGGACGGCGACCACGACGGGCGGCUGUCCCUGGAGGACUUCCAGAACAUGAUCCUGCGGGCCCCCGACUUCCUCAGCACCUUCCACAUCCGCAUCUGAGGAGGGCGCCCCCUGGAGCGGCCUGAGGCGGGGAACUGGGAAUAAAGACUCUGUCCACCCUCUUUUCGUUUCUGUCUGGAAUCUAGAGGCUGGGAGCCCCCUGUGUCCCACUGUGUGACCCUGGGGGUGGCUGGGCCCGCUCUGGGACACGUUCAGGGCUCCUGUGGGGCUCGGGUGGCAGCGACAGGGUCCGGGCUGAGUUGCAGCCAGCUUCCCGGGUCUCUUCCUUUCCCGGCCCCAGUCCCUCAGGGGGCAGAGAUGACCCGUCCUGGGGAGGCUCCAGGAAUGGCAUUCAGAG